AUGACGGCUAGAAAGGAAUUCAGAGAACUGGCCACUCGCGAGUACUGGGACAAGUACUACUCCGCGGCCAAGGAGUCCAAUAAAAAGGGACACGAGUGGUUCCGCACCUACGAGCAGCUAAGGCCUUUCUUCGCUCGCAAUCUCUUCAACCGGGAGGGAUUGCAAGUACAGGACAACCCCAUGAUCCUGCAUCCCGGGUCCGGAGAGAGUGACAUUCCCCUAUGGCUGGCGAAAGAGGGCUACAAGCGACAGCUAUGCUUCGAUUUCUCGAAGGAGGUCGUUGAGACAAUGACCGAUGUAAUAAACGCGAUGGUGAAGGCGAACGAGAUAGAGGGGAUAGAAUACCAAAAAAUGGACGCCUUCAAUAUGGAGGGGAUCCCCGACAAGUCCAUCGACGUUGCGUUCGACAAAGGCAUGAUGGAUUCUCUAAUUGACGGCGACCCGUGGAACCCUCCCCCCGAAGUCAGGAGAGAUACAAGAAACUACCAGAAAGAGCUUCACCGAGUGCUGAAGGAUGAUGGAGUCUUUCUCUACAUCACUUUCAGACAACCCCAUUUCGUAGAGCCAUUGUUGAUCCCAAGGGACCAGGAAGUCUUGUGGGACCUUCAAAAGGAGGCUCUGAUAGACAAUGCUGCAUCCUUGGGCUACUUCGCAUGGAUAGUCAGGAAGAAAGGCGCCCCUAUUCGGCCGCUGGUAGAAGUUUUCUCUGAAGAAAAGCCAGAAGGCCAAGAUCCCUAG